ACACAAAGUGAGGUUGGAUUUUUUGUUGUGCUCUUCGCAAAAGUGUAAAAGUGAAACUGUGAUUUCUGGGAACAUGGAUCAAAUCCUGGCCAGAGACUACUCGAACUACCUGGUGCAGAACAGUAUUUCACAAGAGGUGGAUCCAAUUUGUCGAAAUAUUGAUGAGAUGCUGACGAGACUGGAUGAAUUUGAGAGCCUCCUGAAUGUUGUAAAGGAAAACAUCUCAGUGAGCACAGAUAAGAACUUACCAGAAAUCAGUGCUUUCCAAUCGGAUUUCUCUGAGCUGUGCCGACGAAUAGACGGCUUUGAGCGAUUUGUGGGCAUCGCCGGAGACAACCUGGCCCGGAUGGAGGCUCACUUGGCAGUGGCUGAGCAGGAGCUGGGCUACACGGAGUCUGGACUCAAGGGCUUCCUCAAGCCCAUCUUUGGACGCCAGAAACCCGAGCAAGAGGCCACAAAUCUGUCUCCAGAAGACGUUUACGUUCCUCCGGAAGUCUACAACACGUCUGAAUUCUUCCCGGACAGCUCGUCGUGCUGAAUAAAGGCGAAUAAAGGAAAACUCUGGU